AUGGCAAAGCAGAGGCAAUAUCUCACACUGGCCAUAGUUCCAGACAGCCCCACAAGUGCAGAUGGAGAUACAACUAUUAUUGCAGCUCUCGAUUCUAUCUUCAAUGACCUGGAUAGUACCAAUAGCAGUGACUUUCUAACACAGACCAGGACCGACACCGAAAUUGAAAUCACUGAGCUUGAGUCUGCAGCUGCUACACCUUCACCUCCAAAGGCUCCUACUCAAGUGAAAUGCAUGCAAAAGCCCACAAAGCCGAAAAAGAAGCAAAAAUCUGCAAAGAAUGCGCCUGUUUCGACAGACUCCCCACAGCCAAUCAAGCUCACAUACAACUUUUCGAUAUUCUCCGCAUCUGAAUACAAUAAAGACUUCAAGAAACGCUCGUCCAGUGGAAAGAAUGGAUCAUUCAAGCUCAACACUAAGCCAAAGAAACUCGAUAUCAAGAAUUACGAACUUUCAUUGAGCAUUCCUCGACUCUUCCCACACCCACUUCCAAUCAAUGAGGAUGAUGAUUAUGAGAUACUUCUGGAAUGCAUUCGCAAACACAAGGACUUGACAGAAAAAGAUGAAGAAAGCAAAGACAAAGCACCACGGGGGGAUGACAUCGAUCCUGCAAAUGAAGAGCACAACAACAACAUCAAGAUCAUUUGCACCCGAUGGGUCUGCCACAAGAAGCCGGGUUGUCACAGUGAUCACUGCUUCGUCAAUCCAACCGACAACAUACAUUUCGAACUGGGAUUCAGUCACUUUGACUGUUGGGCAGCAGCCAUGUGCAAGGGGAAGGAACAUGCCACUGAGGACCGGCCACCAAACCACCACUUGUUCGAAGCACUAUUUGAGAACGAAGAUGGGCCAACAAAAUCUCUUCUCACUGAAUGUCGUCAGCAAAGGAACACUGUGAAGAAUCCACGUGAUCCUGCUGCACCUGUUAUCCAUGUCAAUUUUCCUGUCGACAUGUUCCAUGGACUGCAUGCUGGAUUGCCACCUGUCCCUCCUGCUGUUAAGACCAUGCACAAAGGGUAG